AGCCGAUCAUUGACAACCAAUGUGUGUGCACCUGCAUGCAUGCAUAGGUGCAUGCACAAGACAGGCAGCGUAAUUUAUAGGCCAAACAAUCAGCGCUCAGUUUUCUGCAAAUGGGAAGAACACAUCAUACCCACUUUGCUUAAACUCCUGGAAGCACAGUCAGACAAGAUGUCAAUCAUAUUGAGACAGCCUAGGGUUGCUUUAGUGUUGGAUAAGCCCAGCAUACCCUACCUGAUCAUUCACAUCAAUCCGGUCUUCGCUCACUUCCCCCAACCAUGAAGACACAGAGUUGCAGUGCCUCUUGACACGAUCACUGAAGCAAUCAAGCAAUCAGGGGAUACCUAUGAAUGAAUCUUGCUAUGCCCUAUAUGCCCCACUGAGGGUGUGGAUUAGCAUCGCAAAACGACCUAAGCAGUGAAGGAUACAAGCAUGGAUACAGGUGUUUUCAUCUCCUGGACUGCUCCGCGUUUGCAGGUAGCAGUUGUAGGUCAUGUUCUACCACAGUCAAGCAAAGCACCUGGACGUGGAGCGGCAGAUGAUAAAUUUCAACCCAGGCAACUUCCUUGUUCACCAUCCAACAAACAAGAUCUUCAAUUCCAACCCUAUAUCCGAGGAUACACUCUGAGAGCAUGAAAGGGACAGCACUUAUUCUAAGAUUUUAUGGUAGAAGAUUGACCUCGCAAUGUGAAUGUGAAGUUAUAUCUAGUGGACCGUCCCUGCUGUAAGGACAAUCCACAAUCCUGCUCUCCAGGCAGUGCGUAGUGCCGUUGUCAGAAAAAUAUGCGGCCAGCUUAAACAGGAUGGUAUACCGGUACGUACCAAGGACACUCUCCGAAACGCACCACAAACGGUCGUGGGAGAUAGUUGGGCAGAUUGGAAAGAGUGUGCACCAGCAACUACCUUUAGUUCCAUUCGUUUCCUGUCCUCAGCAGCGACUGAAGAUGGUCCAAAUCGUUUCCUCCUCAUCGCCGGCAUGUUCUUUAAUCCUUUGCUCUCCUCACAGACUGCCAACGUCUUCUUCGAUCCUUUCCUUUCCCUCUCGGCUGCCAACGUGUUCUUUAAUCGUUUCCUCUCCACGAUUGGAAGAGAAAAAAGGAGGACGAGCAAAGAAAACGCCAGGAGGAAGAUGAUGAGAACAGAUACAGAACCCUAAACCCUAAACCCAACACCAACAUCACCAGCAGCAGAAGAAGAAAAAGGAGAAGAAACCUACACCGAUUUCAGCAAAAUGGCGGUAAAGAAAACGGCGCCAGGAAAGAAGGCCACAGCGUUCGACGCGGAGAUGAAGGAAACGGAAAAGGAACGCUGUCCUUUUGGACAAUUCCGUGUAAACCAGAGCGAAGCUCAUGCACCACGGCGAACAAAAAGAAGAAGACGAAGGGAGAAAUAAGAGGAAAUCAAGCCGACUGCUGUCACCCCUUCCAAAAGCUGAACAGAGUGCUCCCGUGAGUCCGUUAAAACUGGAACAAUAUAGACAAGCCUAUGGCAUCUGCUACCUGCGCAAGGAUGACAAGCACAGGUCGAAAAAAAACAGGUGCACGUGAAGUAGCUAACGAGUUACGACCAUAUACUGGGUGCCAAUGCGAUCACGGAAAGAGGGGAAGCAAUAAUAUGAGAACAGUAAAAGAGGGAAGGGGAAGGAAAGAGCAGCAAAGUGCGGAGCGAGAGGAGGGAGGGAACAAAGAAGCAAAAAGAAACCUCCAGAGGCAGGAGAAAGAGAGAGGGAGGGAGGGAGACUACAGACCGGGGAAGCACAAUGAAACCUGCGGUGACAGGAGAAUCAAUAGAGCAAUGAGAUGCCAGGAGGAACCGGAUCGCAGCCACGUGCUGCGACGGUCAGAUCAAUCCAAGGAAGGAACACUCGACUGCGAUCAAGUCAGUGAGUGAUAACAUACAAACGAAGGUAUGGAGAGGGAAGAAGAUACGAAAUGAAGAUUAUGUAAAGCAGUCAUGGCACAGCAAGAAAAAGAGAAGAAAAAGUAAAAAAUGUUUCCGUCCGAUCUCCAUUCUCCGCUUGCAGAGGAUGAGACCACCGACGAGAUAAAUGAGAUAGGGUAACGAAAUGAAGAGCAGAAUCAGAUGGAGAACGGCAAUUUGCGCAGCAGCUACGAGUGUCCACCCGAAGAGCACUUAGCAAGAGUACGGCGAUGACACACCAAGACCAAUGCCUUUCGGAGCCACCUCGCCGAGCGUAUUUUUGGCCAGCGGUCGAGCCUGUUCCGUACGCAGAUGAAGGUGGGUGACCUGUAGCCCUUGAGGAGAUGGCGUGGGCUACCAGAAAUGACGCGAAAUGAGAGGACAUCAAAAGGAAAAGAAUUGAGGAAGACGGGGAUAAAGGGCGCGAGCGCGAGCGAGCGAGCGAGCGAGCGAAAGAGACAGGCAGAUAGUCAAUUGGUCGAAGGCGGAACAGGAGCAGUACGAGUAACAGGACGACUGUGCAAAAACAUUCGCGUGAAGGACAUGCAGCACUCAGAUACGCCCUGCGACCACUGAAUUGCAUUAUGCAAAGGUCUACCUUCCUCUCCAAGCAGCCACAGCGUCAGCUCUUCUACAGACAUGCAGCGUCUACCUUUCACAUAACAUAGCGCCAAAAUUCUUAAGCCGCUUUCAACCUUAUCACCUACAGACAGACAGAGGUAUGAAGUAAAAUAAGCUCGUGCAACAUGUCAAUACCACUCGUUCGGGUUCCACUUCAGCAUCCCCGCUAAAUCGUUAUUUUCUAAUCUAAAGCCAAUCCUUCGCUGUAGAUCGGCCCCGACUUGUUAAACGAGUGAAUUUGGAAGAACGACAAGGGAAAACCGCAAGGAUGGAUACAACACGGCGUCACAAUUCCCGCCCAAGUGAUCCACCAACAUCGGGUUCACUCUUCCCGCCUCAGCGAUACAAAGACACUCAUGUAGCUCGAAAACUAUACUCGCAAAUCAAUUUGCCCGCCGCUACUCUCUCUCCUUUCCUCUCUUUCUUCCCUUCCCCUGGCGUUCUUAGCAUGCGUGCCAGUAUGUAUGGCACUCCAGGAAGUCGCUUCCUAGCACUUCAACCCGCUCUAUGACCCACGCCGUCUUUGCGGGUCAUCAGGUAGUUCUCCGCGUUGCCCUCUUCGGCCUCAACACACUCCUUUCCUCCCAAUAACCCGCAGCUUCCUCUACCGAGCCCGAGGAGCCCGCAAGUACACAGCACCCGUUAACUACAAAUCUCGAGUGGCACAUCACCUCUCGCCGCAAGUACACAACACCCGUUAUCUAUAAAUCUCGAGUGGCUCAUCAGCUCUCGCCAUAUCAGUGCCUUCUGCUCACCAAAUUACGGAGACCGUCGUCAGCCAAAUAUCACGUGAUCAAUGUGAUCCGCAUCAUCGCGAUUAUUAUUGUCAUCUAACAAAUCGACGUCGCCCAA